AUGGUCAGCAAGACGCGCCUUAGGCCCGCCGGUCGCGGGGGCUACGAGACCCUAGACAAAUUCCCCGACGCGGACGAAAGAAAACAUACGCGGACUCUCAGCGACGCAACGAACUCGAGCAACGAUGAUCCGAUCGAAGACGAUGAUAACGUGGAACUCCUGCCAUUAAAUACCUCCGAAUACCAUGAAUCAACUCAGAACAAGAAUAAUGCAUCAUUUGCAACACCCAGUUCAAGUUUCUCGAGCCCUCGAAUCGAUGAUGGCGAUGAACCCCACGACGUCGGCGAGCGCAUUGAACAACUUCUUGAAGCAGAGCGAAACCCCUUAUCCAAGACCUUCGAUGUAGACCUAGAGGAUAUAGGCUCUAUGCUCAGCAUGAGCGAUAUUGAAGACGAAGACUAUGCCUUUAUGGGAGAUAAGAGCAAACAAGAAAAUCCUGGCACCAACGGGAAGCGCAAUUUGAAGGCUGGAAUCGAGUCUAUCUAUACCAUGAAAUCUUGGUGGCAUACUUUCGCUUUGGUCUUUGUUGGAAUACUACUGAUGUGUCUUGCGGCACAGGAAUCUGUUCCCUGGUACCCUGCCCCAUAUGGAGGGGUGAGUGCGUUGUGGAAAGAAAGCUAUGCCAAAGCACAUGAUCUUGUCCAGCGAAUGGAUCUGUUGGAAAAGGUUAAUAUUACCACGGGCACAGGCUGGAUGAUGGGGAUGUGUGUUGGAAAUACCGGUAAGUUCAAUCAAAUUUCCUGUGAAAAUAAUUUUACUUACUGCUGCGUUGUUCAAGGCCCCGCUGAAUCAGUCGGAUUCCCCUCCCUCUGUCUGCAAGAUGGUCCAUUGGGACUGCGCUUUGCAGAAAACAUCACUGCCUUCCCAGCUGGAGUAACUACCGGAGCGACGUGGAAUCGCGAACUCAUGCGGGCCAGGGGCUUAGCUUUAGGACAGGAAUCCCGGUCAAAGGGUGUGAAUGUAAUCCUCGGACCUUCGAUGGGACCGUUGGGUAUGAUGCCAGCCGGUGGUCGUAAUUGGGAGGCCUUUGGAGCAGAUCCAGUUCUACAGGGAGUUGCAGCGGCAGAGACCAUUCGCGGAAUCCAACGCACUGGUGUCAUGGCCACUGCAAAGCACUUCCUUAUGAACGAGCAGGAACACUAUCGUCAACCGUUCGAGUGGGGCAUCCCGAAUGCGCUUUCGUCCAACAUUGACGACCGUGCGCUUCACGAGGUCUUUGCCUGGCCAUUUGCUGAGAGUGUGCGCGCCGACGUUGCAAGUGUUAUGUGCUCGUACCAGAGAGUCAACAAUAGCCACGCGUGCGAGAACAGCAAGCUCAUUAACGGCAUUCUCAAAGAUGAGUUGGGUUUCCAGGGCUUCGUGCAGUCGGACUGGCUUGCACAGCGAUCUGGAGUUCAGAGCGCACUUAGUGGUCUUGAUAUGAGUAUGCCUGGAGAUGGGCUGCACUGGGCAGAUGGCGAUUCUCUUUGGGGAAGCCAAUUGACCCGAGCGGUGCUGAAUUCAUCUGUACCUAUAGAUCGACUGAAUGACAUGGUGACUCGUAUUGUCGCAGCCUGGUAUCAUUUCCGGCAAGAUUCGUGGAAACGCCCACCUCCUGUGGACGAUGGAGGUCCUAACUUCUCCUCCUGGACCAAGGAGAGAAUCGGUGGCCUGCAUCCUGGAAGUCCAGAUGAUCAUACCCAAGAAGUCGUCAAUCGAUUUGUCAACGCACAGGGGAGCGGAUCUCAGUCACAUGCCAACUUAACCCGCUCGAUUGCCGCCGAGGGAACUGUUCUGCUAAAGAACGUUAAUAACACUCUUCCCCUCUCUCGUCUUGUUUCCAUCCCCGAUCGAAAGUACCGCAUCGGAAUUUAUGGUGAAGAUGCAGGUCCUGGCCAAGGACCCAACUUCUGUGCCGACCGGGGAUGCAAUCAAGGAACCUUGGCGUCGGGCUGGGGGAGCGGUGCUGUGAACUUUCCAUACCUCGUCAACCCAUGGGAUAUCCUUCAAUUUGCAUGGUCGCCUGAGACGGUGGAUGUGCGAGGAUAUCUGACCAACAACGUUACCGUGCAGGACUUGACAGAGCAGGAUCUUUGUCUCGUUUUUGCCAACGCCGACAGUGGCGAGGGCUUCAUCAAUAGCGAAGGUAUCUACGGAGACCGCAACGACCUCUUCUUGCAGCACAACGGCACACAACUGAUUGAAGAUGUGGCCAAGAACUGCGGCGGCGGACAAGGCAAGACUGUCGUUGUCCUUCAUUCCGUUGGACCCGUUAUCGUUGAGUCCUGGAUCGAUCUCCCUAGCGUAUAUGCGGUGCUGUACGCUAAUCUUCCCGGUGAGGAGAGCGGCAAUGCUCUCGCCGAUGUCCUUUUCGGUGAGAUUGAUGCCAGUGGACGACUACCAUACACAAUCGGCCGGAAGCUUGAAGACUACGGACCGGGUGCCCAGAUUCUAUACGAGAGUAGCGACCCUGUUCCGCAGGUCACAUUCGCCGACGGCCUUUACAUCGAUUACCGCUAUUUCGACAAGUACAACAUCACGCCCCGCUUCGAAUUCGGUUUUGGCCUGUCGUACACAAGAUUCGACCUCUCUAAAUUGCGUAUCCAUCGGCUGCAGGAAAAAUCGCGUUUCCCGUCCAAGCGUCCUAAGAAUGAGGUUGAGCCGCCCAAAUAUACCAACGAGCCUCUGAAUCCAAGCUCUUUCCUGUUCCCAUCGGACUUCACUGCCCUCAGUAAAUACGUCUACCCCUAUCUUUCCUCAAGGGAGGGAACCGAGGUCAGCAAAUACCCUUAUCCCGAGGGCUACAAAGACAAGCAGACGCCCUCAGCAGCAGGAGGUGGUCCUGGCGGCAAUCCAUCUCUAUACGAGCCCAUGCUCGAGCUAUCAGUCAGCAUCACAAACACAGGCACACGCCCAGGCAAAGAAGUCGUCCAAAUCUACGUCUCAUUUCCCGAAGAGGUAGCCGAACACCACGGCCUCGGAUGGACCCCUGAGAAAAUCGAGUUCCCAGACCGCGUGCUCCGGAACUUCACCAAAGUAGCCUUACAGUCCGGUGAGUCAACUACGGUCAAUAUGACUCUGUCUCGAAAAGACUUGAGUUACUGGAGCGUGCGUGCUCAGAACUGGAUUCUGCCUACCGAAGGCUCGUUUAAAAUUUGGGCUGGAAGAAGCUCACGGGAUUUGCCGUUGGUGGCUGAAUUCUAA